GCACUCGUGAGAUUUGCCACCUGGCUUGUGCGCCCGUCCUCCUUAGCUUCUAGUAACCGGGAGAAUGUGAACUCCACGAACAUCCCUUGUCAAUUCCCAGGUGGACGCUUCCCAGCACACCUGCCAGAUGACUCUGGCUCCGCGCCCUUUCCGUGGGCGGCAGUUACUUCCUGGUUGGUUUGCCCUUAAGUGACAUGGCGGCCAAUUGCCUUCGGCCGGGCCAACUGCGGCUGCUCAGUAAACCAAGCUUGGGUAACACAGUGUACAGCCCGCUCCCGCCGCGGAGGUACCGGGUGAAGCCUGGGACUCGGCGAGUCUCCGCCCUGCCUUGCAGCUCCGGGUGUACCUCAGGGGGUACAGGGGCAAGCCAAGGAGGACGAGGACCCAGGGCUGUGCCGCUGUGUGCCUACCCCUCAUUCCCUGGCAUCAAGGCUGCUCGAGCCCCAGGGUGUUUUUUUUUUUUCCUUGUCCCCGCCACCUCUUGGUCCCUGGCCCAACAUGAUACUGACCAAAGCCCAAUACGACGAGAUAGCCCAGUGCCUAGUGUCUGUGCCGCCCACCAGGCAGAGCCUGAGGAAGCUGAAGCAGAGGUUCCCCAGUCAAUCGCAGGCCACUCUGCUGAGCAUCUUCUCCCAGGAGUACCAGAAGCAUAUUAAAAGAACACAUGCCAAACAUCAUACUUUGGAAGCGAUUGAAAGUUAUUACCAGAGGUACCUGAAUGGAGUGCUGAAAAAUGGAGCUGCCCCAGUGCUCCUGGAGCUGGCCAAUGAGGUGGACUAUGCACCCUCAUUAAUGGCUCGGCUUAUACUGGAGAGGUUUCUACAGGAACAUGAGGAAACUCCACCUUCCAAGUCUGUUAUAAAUAGUAUGCUACGGGACCCUUCUCAGAUUCCAGAUGGAGUUCUAGCAAAUCAGGUCUAUCAGUGCAUCGUGAAUGACUGCUGUUAUGGACCACUGGUGGACUGCAUCAAGCAUGCCAUUGGUCAUGAGCACGAGGUCCUGCUGAGAGACUUGCUUCUAGAGAAAAACCUGUCUUUCCUAGAUGAAGAUCAGCUCCGUGCAAAGGGUUAUGACAAAACGCCAGACUUUAUUUUACAAGUUCCAGUUGCUGUAGAAGGGCACAUAAUUCACUGGAUUGAAAGCAAAGCCUCAUUUGGUGAUGAAUGUAGCCACCACGCCUACCUGCAUGACCAGUUCUGGAGCUACUGGAAUAGACUCCCAUUCCAUGUGUGAACCUGGAUUAAUAAAUAACUCCUUAAAACUCUAUACUUCUGUGGAGCUAAAGGAAAUAACGAGUGCCUCUGAGAAGCAGCAUUUGGACCAUAAAUACAGCCCCGUGUUGCAUAGGGUUACCAGAAAACGCAUUUCCUUAUGGAAUCAACACCAGGAAGGCCUUCUCAUUCCACUUCUCUAAUCAAAAAGUGAGUCCUUUGACAAUUUGACCUGUAUUACUAAAUAUAUUUUUAUAUUCAGAUGAUGACAGAUAAAUAAAGAGACCAAUACAUACAUGAGUUCUAACGUGGCCUUUCAAAGAAACAGGAGCAGACAUCCUGUGCUUACCUUUGGUGGUUGGUGGUAAGGUGGGUCAAUUUGAAUGAAAACACUGAGUGACCUUGAAUGACAAAGAAAGAGCCACAAGCUAUAAAGCCCGUGAACAGUAUGCAGCAAACACUGUCAAGAACAUGGAAGUGGCAACUGCAAGUUCAGCCCCUCCAUCUGCCGUUCUGGUCACAUUCUGGCACACUAUCAUUAGAGGCAUCUAUUUAAAACCAAAGUGCACUUUGCUGAUUUACCUCUCUGCUCUUCUUAAAGAAGAUCUUAGCUUCCUGGCUGAAACAAAUGGGGCAAAGCUUUGUUUGAAUCUGGUUUUCCAAUUUAGUGAUCCUUGACAUAAUGGAAGAAAUAUUGGGUUUGAAUCCCUGCUCUGCCACUCUCUGGUCUCAUGACUGGAAGCAACUUUUCCUUGCCCAUUUGUUUUCUUUUCAAUAAAAUGGGCUUAAUAAUACCUUCCUUGCCCUACUAUUAUGAAGAUCAUUUAUUUAAUACAUGUAAUGCACUUUCACAGUGCCUGGCAGUGAACAAAUAUUAGUUCCCCUCUGUCUCUUUGUCCUGAAUAUCACUCUCAUGGAAUUUGAAAGUCUUCUGAUUAGACACUUUUAAUUGUCUUCUUUACCAUAUAAACUACUUAGCUAAUUUCAGCACUCAGCUUGACUGACAUCUCUUUGGGAAACCUUCCCGAAUUCCAAGAUUGGGUUUGAUGUACCUCUUGUGUUCUGCUAAUAAUUUCAUAGCAUUUAUCAAACAUUAUAAUUACUUGUUUGCUUGUCAACAUCCUCCAAUUAAAAAUCAGUUCCAUCUUAUCUACUGGUUUUGUCCAUCUCUGAAUGUCCAAAAACUGGCACAUAGUAGAUGAUAGUAGAUAUUUAUUGAAUGAAUGAAUAUAUGAAUGAAUUUACUGAUGCUUGAUAGACAAUAAUGUUUGAAUCAACUGUUGAGGAUUAUGUCAGAUGUAUAACAUUAAACCAUAAUAUAGCCAAAACUUUUUUGUUGAGAAUUCCACUCCAAGGACAGUGAGAAAAAAUCUCAUAUUUCUGAAAAACUUUUACAGACUUUUCAAAUAUAUAGGCUUUUCCCGAUCUAUUUCAUGAAAUAUAGUGUAAAUGUAUUUAACAUAAAGAAUUUUAAAAUAGAAAAUAACUGAGAACAAAUGGCAAAUGUAUUUUAUAAAGUUUUUUUAGAUAAAUAUUUGUAAUCUUAUAUUGAUUAGUUGCUUUCCCAAAACUUCACCCACUUCUCUCCUUCAAAAUUUGACAUGGAAUGCCUUGAAAAUUCUGAGCAAAGGGUGAUUCCUAGUUUCUUUAUUGGGUGCAUGAAACUGGGCCUGGGGCAAUAGUACAAAUGGAGCCCUAUAUACCAUAUGUCUAAAUAUUUAAAAUUACAUAACAGACAUUAAAUAAAAU